AUGGCUCCUUACACUGCUAAAUGGGGAAUCUUGGCCACCGGUGGCAUCGCUGAGUGCUUCACCAAGGAUAUCCUCACAGACCCUGCUGCCCGUGACGUCGACGACGUGCGCCACGAGAUCGUUGCAGUUGCAUCUUCCAGCUCCGUCGACCGCGCACGCGAUUUCAUCAAAAAGAUUGACGGUCCCUCUUCUGCCGCGACAUAUGGCUCUUAUGCUGAGCUCGUCGCCGACCCCAAUGUCAACAUCAUCUACGUCGCUACUCCUCACAGCCAUCACUUCCAAAAUGCCAUGCUGGCCCUCGAGGCUGGUAAGAACGUUCUUUGCGAAAAGGCCCUCACUGUGACUGUGGCGCAAACCAAGAAGCUAUAUGAGGUUGCCAAGGCCAAGAAUCUCUUCUUUAUGGAGGCUGUCUGGACACGAUACUUCCCCCUCAGCAUCAAGAUCCGAGAGUUGAUUCAGUCGGGUGCUAUUGGCACUGUUUAUAGAACAUUUGCCGACCUAUCAUUCAACAAAAACACCGAUAGUGAGGACCUCGAUUUCCCUGACUCCAACCGUAUGGUCAACCCAGAUCUUGCAGGCGGCGCUUUACUUGAUCUCGGUAUCUACUCAUUGACUUGGGUCUUCCAAUCUCUCUACCACGUUCAGCCCGAGGCAGACAAGGAGUCCCCAAACGUUGUGGCUUCCAUCAACAAGUACCGCACCGGCGCUGAUGAGUCCACGAGCAUCAUCUGUCAGUUCCCCAAGCACAACAGUGUCGGUAUUGCAACCACCUCACUACGUAUCGCCACCGACGUCGACGGUCUUUACACUGGUGGCCCUGCCAUCCGAAUCCAAGGCUCCAGGGGUGAGAUUCAGGUUACAGGCCCCGCAUUCCGACCGACCGAGUACAAGGUGAUUAAGUCGGACGCCAAUGGCAAGGUGGAAGUAGUGAGCUGCCCGAUUCCAACAGACCCCAAACGCAACGACUGGGGCCACGGUAUGUUCUGGGAGGCCGAUGAGUGCGCGCGAUGCCUACGCGAUGGCAAGAAAGAGAGCUCCUCAAUGCCUUGGUCUGAAAGUAUCGCCAUCAUGGAGGUUAUGGACAGCGCACUCCAGCAGGGUGGUGUGUCGUACCCCGAACUCAUCACCACCGAUGUGUUUGAUCCCAACAGUCCCCUCAACACUGGCAAGAAAUGA